GCUCCAGUCCAGUUCCCUGGGCAGAGAAAGAGUGAAAUAAGUCUGAACCUUUCUACCAUUAAGGAGAUAACAUGGGGAGGAGGGAGUUCUGUAAGGAGGCCUGGCCUGGCCUUUUGUGGCUCCUGUAAUGCUUGGGGCCCGGAGUUCCCUUACGAGAGGAAGGCAAUGAGCUUCAUGCUUUUUCGUAAUACUAGGAGAGCUGCUCUGAAUGAGAAGAUAGGGAGGGUGAGCCUCUUUUUUGCCUCCCAUCAGGACGAAGGGCAGGAAGAUCUUACAAAUCUAGUGCCAAAGUUGCAUAAUGUGGAAGAUGAUUCGUCGGAGCGAAACUGUGUGGGUGUCUGCCUAACUCGACGGAGUUUUCAAGUCGAGCAAAGUGACUCUGAUUAACCAUGUUUGAUGUGCAAGCUGUGGAACGAUGUGGUGAUUACAUAGAACACGAUUGUACCGGCUAGAAACAUCGGGCGAAUCUGUGUGGUUACUCGGUGAGGCGCAUUGUGCAGGAUAGACUGCCUCAGUAAAUACAGCGAGUUAAAAUCAACAUUGAAUGCACUCCUCCUGUCUCCGGUUCUUGCACAUCAACCGCACGAGGCAGCCAAAAAUAUCUGUCAUCUGUCGGUAUACUACAUCUUGUAGGCCUGGCGAUUCUCCGCCAAGCACGCCAGUAGUAAUAGCAGCAGCAGCAGCAGCUUCGACGUCGAAAUCAGAUCGUUGUGGAAAGAUUCACACACUCACUCAAGCCCCACAUGAGCUCGGGCCUCAUCCUAUUUAUGUGAUUUCAUUCUUCAAAACCAUAAAGAACAGCUGCACACGGGGAACGUCAACGCCAGAUCACUCUUUUUUUAUCAAUAUUUCAUAACAAAAAUUCCCAGAAGACUCCUGCAAGUCUGCAUGUCUGCUCCUCUGCCGAAGAAUUUGACUUGAAAGAAGCCAGUGAAUGAGUGAGUGAGUUCCUGUGUGAUUGCUACAUUCAUUCAUGCUUUGCCCGCUUGUAUCCCUAAUCAAGCGAAGUGUUCAUGUGCUCGGCUAAAGAAUACGAAAGUGAAUGCACUCAAUUGUUAGGGAAAAGGUGGAAUUGGAACACUAUUCAACCCAUCAUAAACAAACAUUGUUCACUCGAUGUCGUGAUGUUCAAGCCCAAGUGUGCCGUAACAGAAAUCGACUUGUCAAGAAUGUCAUCGCCUCAACAAAAAGGAGUGUGAGAAAGCAAUAAAAAGAGAGCGAACUUGCCACCUCUACUUCGAGACCUCCAAGUGAACUCUCAUUCGAAUACUCAUUCUUUGGCGUGUUAUCCUACUAGUUUUUCGAGCCAAUUCUCAGUUACUCUAAGCUACGAGGCAUGAGAACUGUCCACCGUCUCCCGAACCCUGAAGCAGCCCGCAGGAAAUGUUUUGCCUUGGAUUCUAGCUUUGAUGGGGCAAUUUUGUAAUUUUUCAUCCCUAGGGUAUUCUUAAUUGUAUUCAUCAAUCGGCCGGCAAUGUCAACGUAAGAGCUCGAUACUAACAAACAUUCUGUGGGGCACGUCAUCAACGGCUGAUCCCGUUUUACACCACCCCAAAAAACUUCCUCCUCGUCUCCUUAGCCCAGUGAUUACCCAACAAGAACAGCAUUAUCUCGACUCGGCUUGUUCCUCCAAUGAAUCGGAGAUGAGUCAUCCGGGUGCUUCCUCUUGUACCCUCGUCUUUUAAUAUGAUGUACGUCGAUGGAGGCCUCCCUAGCCAAUCCAACCACUGAAUUUCGGCUCUAUUGCCGUGGCCCCAUCGCAGCAACAUCGGUGUUGCAAGCGCUCAAAAAAAUCUUGACCUUCCCGAGGGUCCCGCUGAAAGAGGCGAGCUGGCGAAUGUAGUCGUACUUUGGAUUUCAGGACACUCCAUCUCAAGUCUUCGGAUAGAGGCGAGCGUUUUCAACUCGUGUGCGUGUGUGUGUGUAUGUGUGUUGGGACUGGUGGAUGUGCGAGGACAACUUCAGUAGUGCCUUGAAGUUCUAACAUGUGAAUGCGGACAAAAAUGCAAAGACAACAACAGCAACGAAGACGACGACGAUGACGACGACGACGACGACCGCUAGAACCCCUCGAACUGCGACGACAAUACGUCCUAAAGAGUUCAAAGGAUCAAGAGUCAUUGGUGAAUUGGCCCAUCUGGGACGAAUGCGAGAGGAGAGUGCAGGCGAGUGCCCAUCAUCUACUUGUCUAUCCAUCCAGUCUUCAUUGUUGAUCGUCGAGUUUGCGAGUUGUAGUGAUUAGAACAUUGCCUCAAGAUUAGUUCGGACGUAUAUUCAGCCAUUUCGUACGGUCAUUUCGGCUGAAUAGAUCUACUGCAAACAACUGAGAGGCUGAGAUUCGACCUUGUACCAGAUAAGUCCACUGACACUGAUUGUAGUUCGACAGACCAUGUUGUGUGUUUGAAUUGAAACCAACAUCACGUGCUUUCUUGAAUUAUCUUGGACAUCGAAAUUAGUCAUGGAAAGUGAUAAUGACUCCAAGAGGAUUUCUCCUCUAAGAGGAGAUCUAACUCAUGAAGAAAUUGUGAAUCAAACUCGUGUUGUGUGCAACGGCUUAGGCUCAUUGCGGGAAGAUCACUACACCAUCCUCUCGAGAAUCCGAGAUGAGGUAGAAAAUCAAAGAAACACCCCUUCAAAACCACCUCCACCAAGUGAUAGAAGAACAUCGCCAACUCGUCGCUCAACAAAAAUCAACGACAAUGAAAAGGUCUUGCAGGCCCGCAUAUCUAAUGUUACCAAAUCUCUUGAGAAUUUAGAGAUCGGGAUCGAAGAGUCUCAGGUCAUGAUCCAACUUUCGGAUCAUUUCCAACGACUGGAAGCUGACCAUGUGAUGCUUCGGUUGGAGAUGAGCCGGGUACAAGAUGAGAACGACUGGCUCCGAGAAGAGCUCUCGGACACCCAAAGAAAAAUGCAACAAUACAUGUUGGAAUUGACUGAAUUGCAAGAGGAAAAGAAGAAGUGGGAAUUCGAAGAGGAGCUCAAGAACAUCGGCCAAGAGACCAACGUUCGGCCAAUUACCCCGUCCAAGAUUCCGGUUGGAUCUUGGCGAGUCGAGGAGGAGAAGGAUAUCAACCGGGCCUUAAACGGGGACCGCAAGACCUCUGAAUCCCGCUCAGCCUCGCCUGCUGUGUCUCGCAUCCCGGUGGGUGGUUGGAGGAGCAAAGUCUCCGUGUACAAAUCUGUGAUGGAAAAAGAACAGGUUCGAGUUGACCUGAAGAAGAAGUCCGAUAAGAAUACUGGGAGUGGCUCCAAGCGCCAGUACUUUAAAUUGAAUGCCAGUCGAUCGAAAAUCCCAUCCAGAUGAAAUCAGUAAAGGAGGCAUUGGUCGUGAAGAAUGGUGAACGUGAACGUGAGAGUGAAUAUGGAUGACUCAGAAAGUCUGAAACCCUAGUCAAUAGUUCUGGUCAAUAGGAAUGACUGCAAUUUCUUUAAAGAAUUUAUACCGGUAAAUGAAAGUGAAGCCGAUGCGGUUUGUGCUCAUCAUCAUCAUCAUUGCUUCCCAGGCUGAUCAAAUUCUCAUCGACUUCUCUCUCUCUCUUUCUCUCUCUGUGUCUCCACUCCACUGUCUCCGUCUUCGUUGUCUCCGCCCUCUCGCUUCAACCUCCAGAUUUCGAUUUCUUCCACGAGGAUUGAUAAUAAUAUGUUGAACUCUCAUUUUAAAUACCUGUGUGCUGUGCAAUACCUACAUACUACACUGAGCCAAAUCCAAAGUGAGGAUCGUCACUUUUCCGACACACCCUACCGGUGUUGGUUGGUUCAUGGUCUUGAUGUUCCUUUUUGUCAUGGAUUGAAGAUUCAAGCAACUGAAAGACGAUGCUGCUUCCUACUUCCUAAUUCAAACACAAUGGUGCUUCUCUAUUUGCUCGUUUUCGGCGUACUGACUUACUACAACAACAACAACAACAACUACUAUUACUACUACUACUACCACUACUACUAUAACAACAACAACAACAACUUCUAGCUUCGAUUAUCAUUAUCAUUAUUACAACAACAACAACUGAUGCUACAAUUUAUUCUAGCUCUGCAUUACCAUUGCUACAUGUUCAUCCAACAUAUCAUAGUAUGUGUUGGAAUUGAAUUUCCCUUUGUGGUCGGGCUUCCUACCAAAUUUAGGCUCUUAAGCCUCAUCUCGAUGAUGAUCAUCCUAAUGCAACAAAUCUCGUGAGGAAACCCUCAAUUCAGAAACCAUUACUACAUUCGACAUAUUGUAGAAUACGAACUCCUCGUCGACGACAUACCAACGAACCAAACGUGCGGAUGCUCGAUUUGAGUUUCCUCUAUACUUAACCUGGCAAAAAAUGCGCUACAGCCCGUUAUUAUCGGUUUUGAAACGCUAAAAUUAACAUUUCGAAAACAACUGUUCAGUUUCGAUGCUUUUUUGCCUACAGUGUGUUCUUGUCACACCUCAAGACACGAAAUCAAACUUCUCUUCUUCUCCCCAUGUAAUGUACCUUGAUCGUUCAAAGCUACCGAUAUGCCCAAGGUCGAUCUGUCAACUUUUGUGCCCAAUAAAAUGCAAGUGAAAUCUG